GCCGGCCGAGGGUGCGAGCGGCAUGUCCUCUCUCGGCGCCCGCGGCGCCAAGGCGUACAACGGCUCCGCGCCCUCCAACUACGUCGCCGGUCUCGGCCGUGGCGCCACCGGUUUCACCACCCGCUCAGAUAUCGGCCCAGCGCGCGCCACGGGCGAAGAAACAAACCUGUCCGAGUCGAACUUUGACAAGUUCUCGGGGUACUCCGAGUCGCUCGCGCAGGGCCUCCCCUACGACGACGACGACGAGGUCGCCGACACCGUCUGGUCCGAGGUGGACGCAAAGAUGGACGAGCGGCGGCGCACGCGGCGCGAGGACAAGCUGAAGCAGUCGCUCGACAAGUUCCGCGCGGUGCGGCCAAAGCUGCAGCACCAGUUCGGCGACCUGAAGCGCGAGCUGCAGCUCGUCUCGCGCGAGGAGUGGGAGACCCUCCCCGAGCCGGGCGAGCACCGCAAGUCGCGCGCCGCCGAGCGGCGGAACGAGCGGUACAUGCCGACGCCCGACACGCUGCUCGAGAAGGCGCGGCUGGAGCAGGAGGUGCACAACUCGCUCGACACGAGGCAGAUGAUCAACGGCGGGAUGGAGACCGUCGUCGGCGGCUCCGCCACACCCUUCCCCGGCUCGGCUGGCUCCGCCACCCCGUUGCCUGGCGGCGCGACGCCGCUGACGGACCUGAAGGCCAUCGGAGCGGCGAGGAACUCGGUGCUGUCGGUCAAGCUCGACCAGAUGUCGGACUCUGUGUCGGGGCAGACGGUGGUGGACCCGAAGGGCUACCUCACCGACCUCAACUCGGUCAAGAGGCAGUGCGUGGCGGUGGUGCACGGCCACACGCAUGCCGGUGUCGGCCUCUCAAGUCUCGGCCGCGUUCCGGUGAUCAACCCUGGCAGCCUGCGCUUCGGACGCCGGUUCGGCCUCCUCACCCUCCGCCGCGAGCCGGACCAGUGGCAGCUCGAGUCUCUCCACUUCCACGCGCUAGACGGCGUCUCGCCCUCCCACGGCUCCUCCGCCCCGACAGCGGCGAGCCUCGCCCUCUCGCCCCCCGUGGCCGACGCCGCGGCUGCGUGCGGCGAGUGGCGGCCAUGGCUCCUGGCCGGCGGGGCGCUCUGCCUCGCCGCGCCCUUGGCCCUCUCCCGGCUGGCCUCGCUGCUCGCGAGGCUCUCUGCCGGCGCCACGGGCUACUCUGGGGUGCGCGCAGGCAACCACGGGGCAGAGCGGCCAUAA